AUGCUUCUUAAAGGUUUGGCGCUGACCGUGGUGGUCUACUUCUUUUACUUGAUUCUAUUUUCAUCCAAAUCACCACGUUCUGCUUUCAAGAAGAACUGGACUUCCGCUAAGAACGAGGUUCGUGACGUGUUUUUGGAGUCCUGGCAUGCGUAUGAGGAUGCUGCCUUCGGUAAGGAUGUCUACCAUCCGGUGAAGGGAACUGGUGAAAAUAUGGGCCCCAAGCCACUAGGCUGGAUCAUCGUUGAUUCCUUGGAUACCAUGUUGAUCAUGGAUGCCGAGGAGGAGUUCAAACGUGCCAAAGAAUGGGUUAGAAGCGAUUUGAACUACCACUUUGACUAUGACGUGAACGUCUUUGAAACGACGAUCCGUAUGCUUGGUGGCCUCUUGUCCGCUUUCCAUUUCUCCAACGACGACAUCUUCUUGGAUAGAGCUGCUGACUUAGCCAAUGCGCUUAUCGGUGGCUUUAAUUCGCCUUCUGGCCUUCCUUACUCGUCUGUCAACUUGCUCAGUGGUGAAGGUCUUAAGAAUCAUGUUGACAAUGGCGCUUCCUCGACCGCAGAAGUUGCCACAUUGCAGCUUGAGUUUAAAUACUUGGCUAAAUUGACCGGUGAGGAAUUGUACUGGAAGAAGGCAGAGGAGAUCAUGAAGGUUUUGGAUGCCAACCAACCACAAGAUGGUCUCGUUCCUAUCUAUGUGAACCCAGAAACAGGUAAAUACCAGGGUAACUUGAUCAGAAUGGGUUCCCGUGGUGACUCUUAUUACGAGUAUUUGUUGAAGCAAUACUUGCAAACAGAGCAGCAAGAGCCAAUCUACUGGAAAAUGUACAAAGAAUCUGUGGAAGGUGUCAAGACUCGUAUGACUAGAAAGUCUCAGCCUAACGGUUUGACUUUCAUUGGCGAGCUUCCUCGUGGUGUUGGAGGUAACUUGUCUCCUAAAAUGGACCAUCUCGUUUGUUUCUACGGUGGUUUACUUGCACUCGGUGCCACAGGCGGUAAGACUUUACAGGAAGCCAAACUUCAACCCAAUUGGGACUCUGAUAAGGAGCAGGACUUCAAGUUUGGUGAAGAGUUGACGCACACAUGUUACAAGAUGUACGCAGAUGUGGUUACGGGCUUGUCGCCUGAGAUCGUUGUUUUCAACGAGGAUGCUUCGAAGGAGAGAGAUUUCUACAUCAAGCCUGCGGAUACACACAACUUGCAGAGACCAGAAACCGUUGAGUCUAUCUAUUACUUGUACAAGCUCACUGGAGAUGAGAAGUACAGAAAGUGGGGUUAUGAAAUUUUCCAAAGCUUCAUCAGACAUACCAAGGUGGUAAGCAAGAACGGCAAGACCACAUACAGCACUCUUAAGGAUGUGACUAGUCUCCAACCUUCAUUUGGCGACAACAUGGAAUCAUUCUGGCUUGCGGAAACCUUGAAGUAUUUGUAUCUCUUGUUUGACGACGAGAACAAGGUCCCUCUUGACCGCUACGUUUUCAACACAGAAGCACAUCCUUUCCCUCGUUUCGAGAUGGGCAGUUUGUUCAAGACAGGCUGGCAGAGACCAUUUGAUGAUCCAAGAAACGCAGUUAGAUUCUCUGAUGCCAUUGGCGCUCCACAGCAGACUACCAAGAAGCUGGAACCACCUGUGGACAAGAAAAAUAUACCUAAGGCUGCGCCAGCGGCGAAGAAGAUUGACGAAGAGGUUGCUGAAGAGAUGAAGAAGGACCCACUGCUUAAAGAAGAUGCCGACAAGAUCAAGAAGGCCGAGCAAGAGCUGAAGAACCUGUUCGACUUAGAGUUGAACCCGUUCGAGAGAUCCUUCGCUCCUACAGACCAGCGUCUCCGUUCAGGCGCCAACCAAGCGCCUCCCGCCAGUGUUGCUCCUGGUGAGCCACACAUGGUGAACGGCCAGAAGGCCAAACUACCACACGAUAAACCUGAAGAGACACCUACGUCGCUGGCCUCGUCGAAGCUAGAGCAGGCUCCUUCGGCCCACUCAACGGCUACUUCAGCUCUGCCCGUGCCAGAUGGCCAAGCUUCUGCUGAGAGAGAGAAUACCGAGCCUGGAUCGGCUGGCUCAAAUAAGCAUAACCUUCGGCUCCUGAAUUUUCAGAGUGUGGCUGCUUCUGAAAACCGUCUUCCAGGUCUCACUCCACCAAUUUUCACCCCGGGCGGUCGCCGUCUUCCACCUAUUCACCUUUCGCCCAACGCUGCUAUGGGCACCCCAGACACUCCGGGCUCCAGUCUAUGGAGCAGCUUACUAAGCGCUACCAACGGCCAGGGCCAUGAGGGUCAAGGCCAGGGUCAAGGACAAGGACUGAACUAUGCUCAGUUUGCCAAUAUGAUGCGUAAACUGGGACUCACUCCCAACGAUCUGAACCUACGCCUGGGCUUCACUCCGGGAGUCGGUCACCAGACAUUCAACUUUGGUCAUAUUCCAGGGCUCACUCCAGGUGGCUUGGGUAACGGCCAAAUGACACCAGGCUUGCUGAGCUUCUUGGGACUUUCUCACCACCAGGGUAGCCAGCCUGAAGGUGUACCUCCAGUAGGCCAGAACCAAUCUCCAUCUUCGCAUCCUAACCAGGCUCACAGGCAGCCUCCUCCGCCACAUCCUCCACAACAGCAGCACUUUCAGCCACCUCAACAGGCUCGUGCUCCUCCGGCUGGUCCUCCAGCUCCGGCUCAAGGCCCUCCAGCUCCAGCUCCAGCUCAAAGUCAAGCUCAAGCUCAAGCUCAAGCUCCGCCAGUUGGUGCCCCAGCUGGUCCGGAGCCCACGUUCGCUAUUCCUACGGAGCCUGCUAGACCUAUGCCUGUAGUCAAGCAAGAAGAAGAUACUGCUGCUGUUAAGGAGCCACCUGCCAAGAAAGCUAAGACUCUGGGUGGUGCAAAGAGCAAGAAGGAAAAGAAGAAGGAAGAGAAGAAGAAACCUGCCACUCCCGUCGACGAAGAAGAAGAGAAGAGAAAGCAGUUUUUGGAGCGUAACAGAGUUGCUGCUUCCAAAUGUCGUCAGCGUAAGAAGCAGCUUUUCCAGAAAAUGGAAGACGAGUUAUCUUUCUACUCUACAGGCUACCGUGAAUUGUCUGCCCAGGUUACACAGCUUCGCGAACAACUUCUCACGCUACGAGGCGUGGUAACCAGCCUCAAAAACUCUCCGGUUUUGAUCAACGCUGUUGGUGGAUACCAACAGUUGCAAAGCAUUAUCGGCCAGACUGACUACAUUGCCCAAGCAGCAGUCAACUCGCAGCCUAACUUCCAUCUGAUGCCCAGCACUAUUCCAACUACCCUCAAUGCUUCUCUGCAAGCACUGCUGCAGCUGCCUCCUCUGGAUAACAAGGCUGGGAUGAAGUACAUGGGACCAUCCCCUGGCCAGGGUCCUCAGGAGCCGCCUCAGGAUCAUCAACAUCAGCCUCCACAGCCGCAGCAUAUGCAAGCGGAUGGACAGCAGCUUGUUCAAGGCCAGAAUCAGGGUAUGGUUCAGAUGCCGUAUCAGGGCCCUAAUGUGUCUAUCCCACCGGGUGCACCCGUCGAGGAGGUACCUAGACACUUUUCAGGAGAGAUGAACGGUAUGGGUAAUAUGCAGCAGCAGAUGGAUGGUAAUGGACUCAGAAACCUGAGUAGCACGUCGAACUUACAGAAUAACAAAAUGGACUCUAGUGGAUAUCAGGGACUACGAAAUGUUGCUAGCAUGGCUAAUCUCCAGCAUAACUAG